AAGCCCUUUUUAAGAUGACCUAGCGGAUGAAAACUAAAGAACAAAGAACAUGUCCACGCACAAAAAUGACUGCACUCUAUAGGGGGAUGCUUCUAGUGGAAGCGAGACUAUCAAGUCCUCCGUUCCAUGUGGCUGCCUCUCCUCAUUCUUCCCUCGCUCUCCUCGCUUUUAACAACCCACUCCUUGAAAAGAGAUCACUUUACUACUGCCACUGUCGCUACCUCAAGAAUCACUUUCCCUUGAUAUCAUCAUCGUUUUCGUCUUCACCCAUCAUGGCCCAGAUGGAAAGCUCCGCUGGGGUUUCUACAGCUCCAUCGUUUGAUAAUGGAGGGGAUAAUACCACUGUUUUUCCUUUGUCUUCUUCCACUGUUCUUAAAAUCAACAAAGGAGACAUCUCCAAGUGGUUUGUGGAUGGCUCCUCUGAUGCUAUUGUUAAUCCGGCAAAUGAGAAAAUGCUUGGAGGUGGAGGUGCAGAUCGAGCCAUACAUAGAGCUGCUGGACCAGAACUCUUAGAUGCAUGCUAUAAGGUCCCUGAAGUUCAACCUGGAGUUCGCUGCCCAACAGGAGAAGCAAGAAUUACUCCAGGCUUCAAAUUGCCUGCAUCUCAUGUGAUUCAUACCGUAGGCCCUAUCUAUGAAACCGACAGGAAUGCUGCAUCCUCCCUGAAAAAUGCAUACAGAAACAGCUUCACAGUGGCCAAGGACAACAACAUCAAGUAUAUUGCAUUUCCUGCUAUAUCUUGUGGUGUUUAUGGAUAUCCAUAUGAGGAAGCUGCUUCAGUGGCUAUAUCGACAGUCAAAGAAUUUGCUGAUGACUUAAAAGAGGUGCAUUUUGUUCUGUUCUUGGAUGACAUCUACAAUGUUUGGUUAAAGAAGGCAAAGCAAUUGCUUCUACCUUAGCUUGCACAGCUGCUGGAUUUUCAUAUACCCUUUAGAUAAGAUGCAGAACUGUUAAUUUAUCUCCUAUUGAAGUUUGGAGGAUUGUAUGGGAUUAUGAUAUCAUUGUGUAGUGCACUUGGAUGGACUAGAGAGAUGGUGCCAGCCAUUUUAGUUAAUUAUUAUGAAUGCAUGUGAGAUAGUGGAUUGUUGCAAACUUCCAAUAUUAUAUAAUAUGGGCUGUCUUCUUUGGUA